UAUUCGUUUUGCGUAGCGUUCGUUGUUUAUUAUCAGGUGUUUCCUUAAUUAAACUUGUUAGAGUUUAAUGAUUUUUAUCUGUCACUAUAAAUUACUCUAGUUGAACUAUGUAUGCGUCAAGGCUAAUAAAAUCAAUUGAAUGUAGUCAGUCAAUGCUUCCUCCAGGAUGGGAACAGCGUUUCGAUAAGAAUUUGGGACGUUUUUAUUACAUCAAUCAUUCAAACAAGACCACUUCAUGGCAGAACCCCAGUCAGAAUCUUGAUCAUCCACCACAACAAACACAAACUAAACAGUGUGAUUCUCAUGGGGCUGGAACGGUAAAAAAUGCAGUUAUUGAACUUCAAAAUCAGUAUCCGGAAUUCUCUCCUGAACAAAUACAUGUUAUUUUAAAAGAAUGUAAUAAUGACAUUCUCCAAGCAAUUAAUCGUCUGAAUAAGUCACCAGAUUCACUGGAUGUGACCCCAUUAGCUCAUUCAUCUGAAUCAGCUAAACCUCAUCAGGCAACUGAUCCUUCUGCUUUGAUCAAAGAAGAUAACAAGGCAACAGUUCAAGCAAUGUUUGAACAGGAAUUUCCAACAUUUGAUAAACUUGUUAUUCAAAUGGUUCUAGAAAGUUGCCAUUACAAAGAAUCAGUUGGUAGAGUUAUGCUAACAACAAUGAAAAGUGGAAAUAGCAAAUUAGAAACUCAAGCUCAAGAAGAGGAUACUACCUCAGCUGAAGAAACUAUGUCUGUUAAAAGUGAUUUAUCUCUCAAGGAGCAUGUGAUUCUGGAAACCCCUAUUCAAGAUUUAGAUGAAACAUCUAAGAAGGAAGAGAUUAAUAUUGAUAAAAAUAGAAAAUGGUCUAUUAAACAUGAAAAAGGAGAGAGUGAAAGACAGGAAACCCCAUCAUACCAAAUAAAAUUUCCUGAAGGUACAAAUACUCAAAGAGAUCACCAACACAUCUUAAUGUACAAGACUAGUGCCAAAGGUCCUGAUCCUAGCCUUCACAAAGGACCUUGUGAUGACCUCCUGUUGAAAGAUUAUGUUCCUUUGAAUGGACCAGAUCCCAACAAUCAUAAAGGUCCAAAUCCUGCUCUACAAAAAGGGCCCAAUUAAACGGAUUAGAAGCUGGAAGAACUUCAAAACCGCUAGAUUGCCCAGUAAUUAAAGAUCUGUAACUUAUGCAUUGUGUGACAUGAAAUUGUUUGUGAUUUUAAUUCUUUAUAAAUAUAACAAAUUAUUGUUGUUGUUGUUUUUCUUUUAAUUUUUAGUAUUGAAUAAUAUUAUUAUUAUACUGUACUUGUCUGCAUUAAUUUUAUUAUGAAGUCUGCCUAUGUUAAAGUAUUAUUUAGUAUAUUUUUUUCUGCCAGUAAUUUUUGUUUUAUACUGGGUACCUCAGAAUCCUAUUUGCAGGAAAGUUAUUCAAAAAUGGAGAGUGAUGAUAUAUGGAAAACUAAUUGUUAGUGGUGUGAAAUGAGGUAUUGUGGGCUUGUGGCCUAUCCUGUGACAAUAUCAUUCAGCUCAUUCCAAGCCAUGUGUUUUUCUGUGCUAAUAUAAAAAGUUAACACACUACCUUCAAAGUUUUUUGUUUUGAACAUAAAUGGAAUUUUUUAAAUGUCUAAUACACUUUACACAGAAAUUUCUAUAGGUCAGUUUGAAUAAACCAACUAAAUAGAGAGCAAACUUUACAAAACAUGAAGUUUAUUUUUUUAUUGUAAUGUAACUCACAACAUAAAAAGUUCAAGUUUUUCUCUGAAAAUAAGUAUUGCUCCAUUUUAUCCUUAUAUACAGGUAUAUAAAUUGUUAGGGAAAAAAAUAGAGAUGCUGUCAAGAUAUUUUUAGGUGUUUUUUUUGUGUGUUUUGUAUGAUAGCCUAAUUUCUAAAAAAUAUAGUGCUUAAAUAUUCACAGUUUGUUAUAGUCCAAUUUGAUUGUUCAUGAAAUAUUCUUGUUGUACAACAAAUGAUAUAUUUAAACGUUUUUAGUUAAUUGUUUUUAUUAUUAUGACUUAAACAUGAAAUAUUAUUAGGAACUUAAAAAAAAAGAAUAUCUUGUUGCCAUGGUGUUUUUAUACAAUACUGUUGUAAGGUUUUAUAUUAUACAUCAUAAAUUAGUAUUUUAUCUGUUUUGGGGACAUUUUCCUUAGUAUGCAUGUGCAAAAUAUAAUGUAAAUCUAAUGUCAUUUAAUGUUAUGUUUUAUAACUAUUUAAUGUUAUAAAAAAUAUUUUCAUUCCUAAACAUUAAUGUUUGUUUCCUUGAUUUAAGAAGCAUGUUCCAUAAUAUGCACAGAGUUUAAUCCGAUUUUAAUAGUUUAGUUAGAUGCAUUUGUUUCUUGUACAUCAGUAUACAGAAUAUACAGGUUUUGCUUAUAUUAACUUAUCAUUACCAGAAGUUUAUUUUUUCACAGCUUUUGCAUACAUAUGAAAACUGUUUUCAGAUUUUUAUAUUUAAAUUUUGAAACUUCAAAUAUGUGUUUUGUAAUCAGAUGCUUUGUUGUAUACACGUGUAGUGAUAUUUCAGUAGUCAGUAAUUCUUAAUAAUGUUGAAUUAUUUUAGUAUUUUGAUAAGAAUUGUAUACUAGUUCAAUAUUUGUAUCUUAUCACAAGUUUUUUCAUUUUUUAGGUUUAUGUAA